AGUUUGGCAGACGUUCAAUCAGUACUCAAGUCAACGUUCUCUAGCUCAGAGUCCCGCAGCAGUUACAAAAACCAACCUAAAAUGGCAAAGUUUGCAGUGAUCUUCGUUCUGUUCGCCCUGUGCGCCGUGGCCAUGUCUGCACGCAUCGCACGUGAGGAGCCAGCUAAGCCUGAUCUAUUUGACUUCCUUAAACAAGAAGGCGAUAAAAUCGCAGCGCUUUUCAAGGAAAACACUACUCCGGAAAAACUUCAAGAAAUCAAGAAUAAGGUUGAAAGCUUUACUGCUGAUGCUUCCAAGAAAUUCCAAGAUGGUUCUGCCGACACUCUUGAAGCCAUUCAAAAGGCCGCAGCUAAGCUCAACGAUGAGUUCCAGAAAAUUAAACCUGCGCCUUCUGCCUAAGAAUUUAUUCAGUACACCAAAAAGUCUCUAAUAAAUGAUUAAACUAUAAAA